CCCCGCGGGGCGCUUGUGAAUGGCUGAUCUGAAAAUGUGUUGAGCUGAUCAGUCCAUAUUCAAUUUGUAAAGCAACACACCCCGUUAUAAAGCUGUUUAACAGCAGCGAGAAUGCGGCGUCUGGGUUCAGUGCAGCAGAAGAUCCCAUGUGUUUUCCUGACGGAAGUGAGGAACGAACCAUCCAGGAAACGCGACUGUCAGCAGUUUCAGGUGGUGGCCACUGAGAAUGUGCACCCUGCUGCUCUUCAAUCAGAUGUUCACUGUGCUGUAGCAACCGAGAAGAUCGAUGGGACAUGCUGCUAUGUCACCACAUACAGAGGGGAGCCAUGUCUCUGGGCUCGCUUGGAUCGGAAACCCACCAAGCAGGCGGACAAGAGAUUCAAAAAGUAUCAGUAUUCACAGAAGACCUGUAAAGGAUUUGUUUGGGACGUAGACAAAGAUUUCCGUGAAGUGCCAGAAUCCUGGAUCGCUGCUCACAGAGUCCAGCAUGAGAACGGCCAGCCAGUGCCGGACGAACAUGGACACAUACCAGGUUGGGUUCCGGUGGAUCAAACCAACAAGCAGUACUGCUGGCACGCCUCUGUGGUCAACUAUGAUGCUGGUGUCGCCCUCGUCCUGAAGACACACGAAGAGGAUGAAGGAUUGCUUGAAAUUGUCAGCGUUCCUCUGGCAGACCUCAUGGAGCAAACCCUUGAGCUUAUUGGAACCAACAUUAAUGGAAAUCCAUAUGGUUUGGGAAGUAAGAAGCAUCCAGUCCAUGUCCUGGUGCCUCAUGGGGUCCUGCGCAUCCGGAACCCUCCUCCAGUGGAAUUCCAGCAGCUAUAUUCCUGGUUUCAGGAAUGCCAGGAGGGGCGAGUGGAGGGAAUCGUGUGGCACUGUGAUGAUGGGACACUGGUCAAGAUACACCGCCAUCAUCUCGGUUUGAAAUGGCCUGUCGGUGACCCCUUCCUGAACACCAGACCUGUGGUCAUCCACGUAGAUGAAACGCCUGAUCCAGAUGCUUCUGAGAAGGACUUGUUCAAAUCGUUUUCCAGCAUAAACGGAAAACUCUUCAGCUGCAUACGGGACAUUCCCUUUGAACCCUGAUCCAUAAAAUGAAACUACCAAACAUUCCUGUGAAAUCUGGUUUUAGCCAGAAUGAAGAAUCAGCAUGAAAUACAGAUCAAAACUGCCUAUUGCAAAUUCCAACUGACACUUUGCUCAUAUAUGCACUUUGAUAUGUGAUCGCUUUAUAUUUGGCACUUUUUCUUUUUAAAAUUGUAUUUAAAAAAAACAAUAAUUCUGUUCAAAUUCAUUUCAGAGGAUGGUUCAGCAAUAUGUAUAUAAAUAAAUACAACAAACUGACAUUGAUCGUCAUUUAUUACAUGUAAAGAGUCUAAAAAAUGAGGCAGUAAUUGAUAGAUUCAGUUUCAGCUUAUUCUAAUAAGACCAUAAAAUCACAAAUAUUGUAAACUUUAUAUGAAUUUUAGAAAAAAAUAAAUAUGAACCUACUUGUGAAACAUUGUACUUGAAUAUAAAGCGAAGCAACAUUUGUACACCUUUGGCUCUAACUGAGCAGUAACAAUAAAACCGAAUGAGCUGAAAACCCA